AUGUCUGAAUCUUUCCAGAAGGCCGUCGAGGACUCAAAGAAGCUUACCUCUAAGCCCAAUACCGACGACCUUCUCAGGCUCUACGGGCUCUACAAGGGCAAGGCCAAGUACAACGCCUGGAAGAAGGCUGCUGAGGAAGAACAGCUUACCCCCGAUGCCGCUCAGGCCAAGUACGUUGAGCUGGUUGAGCAGCUCAAGGAAAAAUGCGGCUACGACGCCAACAAGGUUCCCGAGGCCGUUGGUAACUAA